AAAUAAAAAAAAACUCAGACAUCAGGGUUCACUUGUUUAAAGUGAAUAAAUUCUGUAUUCAGUUUGAAUUGAAUUCUCAAAGUGUGAACAACUAAACGUGCCCGCAACAAAUUUUAAAUUUUUUUAUAUUGUUUAAUAAAAUGGCCAAUAAAACCGUAAUUUUAACAUUGUGCGCCUUAAGUCUGAUUGCGUUGACCUUGGCAGCUGGUGAUUGUCCUUCAUCGACUAAAGUUCAAACAUGUACGCCAAAAUGUUUACACGACAGCGAAUGUAGUGCCAUUGGUGGCAAAUGUUGUCCUAAUUUAUGCAACGGUCGCUCAUGUAUCCAACCUAAUCUUUUGUCUAAUUCCGGCAGCCGUGAUAAUUCUCCAUUUAGCAAGAAUUCUGGUUCCAGUGGUUCUUAUUGCGGCAAUGUCAAGUGUAGCUCGUUUGAAAAGUGCGAAAGUGAUCGUUCUACCAAGAGACCAAAAUGUGUACGUGCUUAAGCUAUAAAUGUUUAAUAAACAAGAUCAAAUCUCCACAUUUGCUUACGACUGUUAAUAAAGUUUAAAACCAGUUUUUUUUU